AAUUUGUCUCUACAAUAUAAUCAUUAGUUCAUACCGAAUUUUUCAUUAUUGUCAACAAUAUCUUGUGAAAUCUUUUACUGUUUGAUUGAACGAUUAUAAUCAAAUCAUGACACAACAAAUGUAUUAAAGAAAUAGCUACAAUACAAUACAAUGUUCUAUUGUUGCUUAAUAAACAAUCGAUAUUGCCACCAACAUCAGAUCGAUCCUAUGGAUCAUAAAAAUAUCCGAAUUUGAUAAUGAUGAAACUCAUAAUUGUGAUUUUUGUACUCUUUUCAUUCAUUUUUGUAACACAUUGUCAGCUGCCACAAACAGCAUCAAAUUCAGCAGCCACAGAUGAUUCAUUCAACGAUCAAGAAUCACCCGUCGAUAAUCCAACUACAACGGACAGUCCUUACGAACAAACGGAUAUCACCGUCGAUAGAUCAGCUGUACCGGCUAAUAAUGAUGCCGAUGAAAAAAAUGUGUUCAAUUCAGCCAGUGAUGAUAAUAGUAAUCACCAAGUAGCUCAAUCUCCACCAUCCAUAUCUUCUACUUCGAACAUUGAUACUGUUGUCAAUGAUUCGGCGUUUGGUGACCAGGAAAAAUCCAAGGAAAAAACAACAAGCGAAUCACAACAAUUGAAUGAUAAUAAAUUUGAUUCGCCAACUGUCGAUAUUGAUAAAUUGAUUGAAAACAAAUCACCUGAAGAAGUUGUUAUGACAUUAAAAAAAUUAGCCAAAAAAGGCAACGAUGAAGCAAAGUUAAAAUUGGCCAUCGCUUAUUUUUAUGGUAAUCCUCUACUUGAUUUGAAUACGUCUUUUGAAUAUUUUCAGGAAUUAUCUGUCACAGGAAAUAGUUUAGCGCAUCUGUAUCUUGGAUUUAUGUAUGCCAUUGGGUUGCCACCAGUGAAGGCUAAUCAAGCAAAAGCACUAUUGUAUUAUACGUUUGCAUCGCUUUCGAAUCAUACGUAUGCUCGGAUGGCACUUGGUUAUCGUUAUUGGUCAGGGAUAAGUGUUGCAUCUAAUUGUCAAUUCGCUUUGUCCUAUUAUCGUAAAGUUGCCAAAGUUGUUGAGCAAAGCUAUACAUUUUCAAAUAAUCCAUCCAUACAACGGAUUCGAAUCCAAGACGAAACCGAUAAUUCGGGCUCUUAUCCUGGUACACUUGAUGAUGAUUUGAUACAGUAUUAUCAAUUCUUGGCAGAUAAAGGCGAUAUCAGUGCCCAGGUUGGUCUUGGCCAAUUACAUUUUCAGGGUGCACGUGGUGUUGCACAAAAUCAAUACAGAGCUUUUCAUUAUUUCACAAUGGCUGCAGAAUCAGGCAACACUAAUGCGAUGGCUUACCUGGGCAAGAUGUAUUUAGAGGGAAACAAAGUUGUAGAACAAAGUUAUGAAAAAGCAAUGAAAUAUUUCAAAAUGGCCGCAGAUAAAGAGAAUCCGAUUGGUCAAAGUGGAUUAGGAAUAAUGUAUCUUUAUGGACGUGGUGUGAACAAAGAUUUUAAAUUGGCAUUGAAAUAUUUUUCGGCUGCCGCUAUGCAAGGCUGGGUAGAUGGUCAGCUAUAUCUAGGUAUAAUGUAUCUUAAUGGUUAUGGUGUUUCAAAGGAUUACAAAGCGGCUAUUGAAUAUUUCAAAAUGGCCCUGCAAUCAGGACAUAUAAUUGCAUUUUAUCAUUUGGCCGAAAUGCAAGCAACGGGCACUGGUACUCUACAAUCUUGUUCUACGGCUGUGGAACUUUUCAAAUCUGUAUGUGAACGCGGCGAAUGGGGAACUUUAAUCAUGGAGGCACACAACGAUUAUAAAGAAGGUCGCCGCUCAAAUGCGUUCAUCAAAUAUGCCGUUCUUUCCGAACUUGGCUAUGAAGUGGCUCAAAGCAACGCAGCUUUCAUGCUGGAUCGGGAUGAAGUUGGAGACCUUUUUGAUAAACAUGAAAUCUAUAAUCGUGCUUUUAUGUAUUGGAGCCGUUCAGCAUCGCAAGGCUAUUCAAUAGCACGAGUCAAAUUGGGCGAUUAUCAUUACUAUGGCCUAGGUACAAAAGUAGAUUAUGAAAUGGCGGCCAAUCAAUAUCGGAUAGCAUCAGAAUUACAAAACAAUGCCCAAGCGUUAUUUAAUUUAGGCUAUAUGUAUGAAACGGGUCUAGGUCUAAAACGAGAUAUUUACCUAGCUAAACGAUAUUAUGAUUUGGCUGCCGUCACAUCUACCGAUGCUCAAGUUCCAGUUGCGCUUGCCUUGACCAAAUUAUUUUUUAUUUAUUUUUAUGAUCACAUCAAAAACUUUGGAUUCAAAGAUCUAUUGUAUACGCCAAUCAAUUUUGGAUCAUAUUUGGCUGAUAAUUAUCUUGGCGAAGAUUGGGACCUAUAUUUUGCAACCAUAUUGGCUCUUAUUUUGGCUACACUCUUUUUCAUUCGUCGCCAUGUUGCAGCAGCCGGUGGAUAAUUUAAAAAUGAAUAUAAAUUCUGGCCAUGGUCGCGUCUCUCUAAGUCUAAAUAUUUUCAUUGUCAAUACAUACACACACUCAUAAAUAAUUGGGAGGAAGACUGUAAAUUUGUUAUUAUUUUUACACAUUUUUCAGCCAAUUUGUCUAAUUAAUAAAAUUUAAGAAAUAAUUGAUUAUUA